AAGAGCAAUCAUAAGCAUCACUUCACGUUCACGACCACAAAAACUGAAAAACUGUACCACACUCACUCAGUCCCUUCUUAUUAUUAGCCCCCCUCACACCUACCCUAUCAUCAUGCACCACUUUGCCUUUGCCAUGGACAACUCUCACCUCCUCCAAUUCCUUCCCAACACCACCACUUCCACCAACAACACCCCCUUCUUCCACCAUGCACCACCACACACUCACUCCACCUUCUCUACUAAUUCCUCCAAUAAUACUAGUUCCUACCCCUUCCACCUCUCCCAAAUUACCGAAACACCCUCCCACCAUGAUAGAGCCCUCGCUGCCAUGAAGAACCACAAGGAAGCUGAGAAGAGAAGGAGGGAGAGAAUCAACUCCCACCUCGACCAGCUUCGCACUCUUCUCCCUUGCAAUUCCAAGACAGACAAGGCUUCGCUUUUGGCGAAGGUUGUUCAGCGGGUGAAGGAGUUGAAGCAACAAACAUCCGAGAUCACCGAGCUCGAAACCGUCCCGUCGGAGACUGACGAGAUCACGGUGCUCGCCACCACCGGAGGGGAUUACGCCUCCGGUGGUGACGACGGGAGGCUCAUCUUCAAGGCCUCGCUGUGCUGCGAGGACCGCUCUGACCUCAUCCCGGACCUCAUAGAAAUCCUCAACUCGCUUCACCUCAAAACCCUCAAAGCCGAAAUGGCAACUCUCGGAGGAAGAACUCGCAACGUUCUCAUCGUCGCUGCUGACAAAGAACACAGCAUUGAAUCCAUCCACUUCCUUCAGAACUCGCUCAAGUCCCUUCUAGACCGGUCCAGUUCCGGCGACAGGUCGAAACGACGCCGUGGCUUAGACCGAAGACUAAUGUCUUAAACCGGAUACUGUUUCCAUUGCUACACAUGCAAUAUGUUGGUUAAUUCGAAUAGGUUUAUGUGUUUGCAGGUUUUGGUAAUGUAAAGCGAAAUUAAGUUGGAUGGAUUAGGAGUUUAAUGACUCUGUAAUCAAUUUUACACUCUUAGUCAGAAAUCAGUUUUACUUUAUUAA